ACGUGUCACCGGCGGCGCCGCGGCUGUGGCUAGAGAAGGACCUAACUGGGGGAGUUCGAGGCGGCGGGCGGCGGCGGUGACCCCGGCCAGGAUCUGCCCCGGCGCAGAAGUGUUCCGGGGUCUGUGGGGAGCAGGGGAGGGAGCCGGCGGCUCGGCCCGCGCGGGGCACGAUGUUGAACAUGUGGAAGGUGCGGGAGCUGGUGGACAAAGCCACCAAUGUGGUUAUGAAUUAUUCAGAGAUCGAGUCUAAGGUUCGAGAAGCAACGAAUGACGAUCCUUGGGGACCUUCUGGGCAACUCAUGGGAGAGAUUGCCAAGGCUACAUUUAUGUAUGAACAAUUUCCCGAACUUAUGAACAUGCUUUGGUCACGAAUGUUAAAAGACAACAAAAAAAAUUGGAGAAGAGUUUAUAAGUCAUUGCUGCUUCUAGCUUACCUCAUAAGGAAUGGAUCAGAGCGUGUGGUUACGAGUGCCAGAGAACACAUUUAUGAUUUGCGAUCCCUGGAAAAUUACCACUUUGUAGAUGAGCAUGGCAAGGAUCAAGGUAUAAAUAUUCGCCAGAAGGUGAAAGAAUUGGUUGAAUUUGCCCAGGAUGACGACAGGCUUCGUGAGGAGCGAAAGAAAGCAAAGAAGAACAAAGACAAAUAUGUUGGGGUUUCCUCAGACAGUGUUGGAGGAUUCAGAUACAGUGAAAGAUAUGAUCCUGAACCCAAAUCAAAAUGGGAUGAAGAGUGGGAUAAAAACAAGAGUGCUUUUCCAUUCAGUGAUAAAUUAGGUGAACUGAGUGAUAAAAUUGGAAGCACAAUUGAUGACACCAUCAGCAAGUUCCGGAGGAAAGAUAGAGAAGACUCUCCAGAAAGAUGCAGCGACAGUGAUGAGGAAAAGAAAGCAAGAAGAGGCAGAUCUCCCAAAGGUGAAUUCAAAGAUGAAGAGGAGACUGUGACGACAAAGCAUAUCCAUAUCACACAGGCCACAGAGACCACCACAACCAGACACAAGCGCACAGCAAAUCCUUCUAAAACCAUUGAUCUUGGAGCAGCAGCACAUUACACAGGGGACAAAGCAAGUCCAGAUCAGAAUACUUCAACUCAUACACCUCAGUCUUCACUGAAGACUUCAGUGCCUAGCAGUAAGUCAUCUGGUGACCUUGUUGAUCUGUUUGAUGGCACCAGCCAGUCAACAGGAGGAUCAGCUGAUUUAUUUGGAGGAUUUGCUGAUUUUGGCUCAGCUGCUGCAUCAGGCAGUUUCCCCUCCCAAGUUACAGCAACAAGUGGGAAUGGAGACUUUGGUGACUGGAGUGCCUUCAAUCAAGCCCCAUCAGGUCCUGUUGCCUCCAGCGGUGAGCUCUUUGGCAAUGCCUCACAGCCAGCUGUGGAACUUGUCAGUGGCUCACAAUCAGCUUUAGGCCCGCCUCCAGCUGCCUCAAAUUCUUCAGACCUAUUUGAUCUUAUGGGCUCGUCCCAGGCAACCAUGACAUCUUCCCAGAGUAUGAAUUUCUCCAUGAUGAGCACUAAUACUGUAGGCCUGGGGUUGCCCAUGUCAAGAUCACAGCCUUUGCAAAAUGUUAGCACAGUGCUGCAGAAGCCUAAUCCUCUCUAUAAUCAGAAUACAGAUAUGGUCCAGAAGUCAGUCAGCAAAACCCUGCCCUCUACUUGGUCUGACCCCAGUGUGAACAUCAGCCUAGACAACUUACUACCCGGUAUGCAGCCUUCCAAACCCCAGCAGCCAUCGCUCAAUACAAUGAUUCAACAGCAGAAUAUGCAACAACCUAUGAAUGUGAUGACUCAAAGUUUUGGAGCUGUGAACCUCAGUUCUCCAUCAAACAUACUUCCUGUCCGGCCCCAAACUAACCCUUUGAUGGGGGGACCCAUGCCUAUGAGCAUGCCCGGUGUGAUGACUGGCACAAUGGGAAUGGCCCCUCUUGGAAAUACUCCAAUGAUGAACCAGAGUAUGAUGGGCAUGAACAUGAACAUAGGGAUGUCAACUGCUGGGAUGGGCCUGACAGGCACAAUGGGAAUGGGCAUGCCCAACUUAGCCAUGACUUCUGGAACUGUGCAACCCAAGCAAGAUGCCUUUGCAAAUUUCGCCAACUUUAGCAAAUGAGAGAUUGUAAAGGAGCAGAUUGAAUGAAGGAUUUUUAGUGGUGAAGAUAGGUGAUGUUGGGAUGGAAAAUGCUAAUCAACUCCCCUUUCUUUUAUCAAUUGAUUAAGAUUUAAACCUACAUAAAGAACCAAAAAAAGGCUGUUUUAUAAAAGUGAAGUAUCUAGUAUUUCAGAUGGACAGGCAAGGGCACUUCAGAUGAGGCAGUCAAAAUCAUUUUUCCCAGUAAGAAUAGACCACACAUGGGGUAGUGAGACCUGGAAAGCCUUUAUAAAUCGAAGAGCCCAUUUUAACAUCAUGAUUUGUGGGAAGUCUGGAAUAGGGCUGAAUAAAUGUGUUUGAAUCUCUAAUUUUAUACCUUUCUUUUCCUGAGGAACUUGAUUUUUCUGUCCCUGAAUCGCCUUGUCAUAAUUGGGUCUGUUCCUUUUACUACCACUCUUGAGUCCAUAAAUGAAAUCAUUAAAGUUGGAUGAUCAGUUUUUUAUAAAAAUAUAUAUUUUUGUCCAAAAAAGGCAUACAUAUGUGAUUAUGGCUAAAUCAAAGGUAACUGGAAUGUAUAUACUUUUGCUAAUGUUCCAGCAACACUGCUAUUACUGUUAUACUAUCCAAAUUUUUAUUGUAACGAAACCUCUUUAAGCGAUUGGUGAUAGCUGUGGGACUUUUCCCAUGUCUUCUGCUAUAAUUAUCCUUUGCAGAACUAGGAAAAAUAUUUUUUUCAGGACUGCUCUAUGGUUUCCUUUAAAAGA